AUGGAGUCCACCGAAGGUCCAGUCGGAGUGACCCUGAUGAGCGACUUCAAUUUGUCCAGCGUGGCCAUGAUGGACGGCAUGUCGGAGGACGGGGCCAACGUCUCGGCCAACGUGUCGGACCACAGCGUGCCGUUCCAGAGCAGCAGCUCCACGGUGACGGCGGUCAUCUCGCUGACCGUCUUCCUGGUGGGGCUGACCGGCAACACGCUGGCCAUCUACGUGGUGCUGCGCUACGCCAAGAUGAAGACGGUCACCAACAUCUACAUCUUCAACCUGGCCGUGGCCGACGAGCUCUACAUCCUGGGCCUGCCCUUCCUGACCACGCAGAACGUCCUCUCCUACUGGCCCUUCGGCUCGUUCCUCUGCCGCGUGGUCAUGACGGCCGACUCGCUCAACCAGUUCACCAGCGUCUUCUGCCUGACCGUCAUGAGCAUCGACCGCUACCUGGCCGUGGUGCACCCCAUCCGCUCCACCCGCUGGAGGCGCCCGCGCGUGGCCCGAGUGGUCAGCGCGGCCAUGUGGGCGGUGUCCUUCGUGGUGGUGCUGCCCGUGGUGGUGUUCUCCGACGUCCAGGACACCUUCCGCUCGUGCAACAUGAACUGGCCCGAGCCGCACAACGUGUGGUCCACCGUCUUCAUCCUGUACACCGCCAUCCUGGGCUUCUUCGGCCCGCUGCUGGUCAUCUGCCUGUGCUACCUGCUCAUCGUGGUCAAGGUCAAGUCGUCGGGGGCGCGGGCCGGCUUCACCAAGCGGCGGCGCUCGGAGCGCAAGGUGACCCGCAUGGUGGUGGUCAUCGUGGUGGUGUUCGUGCUCUGCUGGCUGCCCUUCUUCAUCCUCAACGUGGUCAACCUGGUGGUCAUCCUGCCGGAGAACAGCCUGAUGGCGGGCGUCUACUUCUUCUCCGUCAUCCUCUCCUACGCCAACAGCUGUGCCAACCCGCUGCUCUACGGCUUCCUGUCCGACAACUUCAAGCAGAGCUUCCGGAAGGUGCUGUGCGUGCGCAAGACCAACGGCGUGGAGGACGGCGACCCCAGCCAGCCGCGCACGGAGAAGACCACCACGCACGACACCUUCCUGACGCCUCGCAACAACGACUUCAACGGCCAGGCGCAGAGCAGCCAGGUGUCUCCUCACACCCCCAACCUCGGGACCUCGGCCUCUCACGCGACGGACCUCAGCUUGCACUCUGUCGCCACGCCAACCUCCAGCCACGAGCUCUGAAACCUCCGUCAACACGUCAACACCC